AAUUAGAUGUUAAUUAUGUUGACAGCUGAGGGACGGGAUGCGGUCAGCCGCGGCGGACAGAACCCACCAGCACCGCAAGUGACACUACCUGGCAUUACCCAGGGCAGAUGGCAACCUGGUGGCACUGCCACUAGUGCCACUGUGCCGCCCACUAUCGCACCCAAACGACCCAAUCGUGCCACAGCUGCCGUGGCUGCCACUGCGGCAGUAGCUACCAGCGCCACAAGUGGCAGUGUACCACAGCAGGACGACUACUUGCAAUUCGAUGAGGUGCCGCAAGCGGUGCCGGGGGUGACAGUGGCCGCAAGCAACCUCUCUGGCACUGAACGAGUCAAUCUGGGAGACGGUGAGAGCAUUGUUCUUCUUCCUCUCUACAGAACACUGAUGGAGCUGCCUUAUUUCCACAUUAUAUCACGGGCCAAGUCAAAGAACAUUCUACAACAAGCUGAGGAUGGAGUGUUCUUGAUCCGUCCGUCAACACGGUCCACGGACCCGCUAACACUAUGCCUACGUCACGGCGGACGUACAUACAACAUCAAUAUACGUCAGCGACCCGAUGGACUCUUCGCUCUGGGCUCCGAAAAGAUCAAUGAACUGACCUUCUCAGCGGUACAGGAGAUCGUCAGCACACACAGUCGUGAGCCAAUCAAACUUCAGAACGGUGAACGAGCCUUACUGAUGCAGUCACCACAGAAAUCUGACCACAUCUAUGUUCAAAUCACCAACACCUUCAGAAAAGUUCAGUUAUGAGCCUUAACCCUUUCAAAGUGCACACCAGUGUCCAAGAUUUUUCAAAAAAUAAUUUUGUUAUUUUUUCUUAUGAAAUGGUAGAGAAUCUUUUUUCUGAAGGUAAUAAAACAACAAGUAUGAAAUUUGAUGGAAAAUUGACAAAAUUAUGCUCUUGCUAAUUUUGAUGUGUUAGUGAUAUUUACGCAUUGGCGAUUUUGCCGAAUUGACUCCCAUUUUAGGCCAAUUACAUUAUUCCAGUCGACCAAAUUCUUAGCUAUUUCACUAGUAUUACUUCUAUUCUAUUGACUGAGCACAAGAAAUUACCAACUGAACUGUUUCAACUGCAAAAUAAAGUGAUCGGAAAUUGGUAAUUUGGCCAAUUUAACACAAAGUUCAAAAUAUUCCAAUUUCAAAAUAGGGUCCAGAAUAAACAAUGUAGGUAUUCCUGGCACUAAACUAACAUUUCCUCUGUUCAUUAGUUACGUUUUGAGGCUUUACAAAUAGACUCCAUUUUGAUUUUUAAUUCACAUAAUGAAUUUUUAUUCACACUAAAAAAUAGAAGAUUUACUGUUAUGCAAUAUUGUAAUAAUUAUAUAAAUAUCAUCACCAAAUUUGUGAAUGUAUAUUAGACCCACCAGCUGGUGUGUAUUAGACGUGUGAGGUCGUUUGUUUACUCUUGAGCAUCAGCAAAAAUUUAACAUUUCUGCUACUUUGAGCUCAGUUUCAAGCCAUUUUCGGUACAAAAACCAAUCAAAAUUAUCUCUAUUUCUGUAAUAUAUCUUCCAUUCUAUCAAAUGAGACCAAGAAAUCGCAAAUACAACUAUAAAAAACAUACGGAAAACACUGCAAAGUUGCUGUUUUAAUAGAAAAUUACGGCUCAGUUAUUUUUAUCUCAUUAUACACAGUGUGCUGCAGGAUUUGUUUUAUGUGGUGCACACAUACCACAUAGAUAUAUUCUCUCAUAUCUAGGCCCAAAUUUACCGCUCACGGCUUACCAGAGUGAGCUGAGCUCAUGGCGUAAAUCUACGGUUUGGACCCUCAACGUAAAGCCGUAGAUCUACAGGACGGACCCUGAAAGGGUUAAAGCUCAUUGUAACUAUAAAACUUCUCUAUGUACAUUUAUAAAAGUCUUGUGUAUACAGUCAGCCGUCAUAUAAAGCUCCUCGAGACUUAGGAGCAAUAUAAAAGAACUAUACAUGUAUUGUGACCAUUGUAAUAAGCUUCUGUAUCCUCGGGUCAAGAGCGCAUUGUCACUUGUUACUGCUUGCACUGCUUUACAUUGCUCUAGACCAGUAUGGGCAUCAGAUCUGUUU